AUGGCGUUCACACCUGCUAAGCUUACAUCAAUGUGUAUGGUGGGUGAUAAGUGCUCCAUCCACGCUGGCCAUGACUUGCCCCUGCCUCCUGGGGAAGACCUUUUCAUCCUGCCUGAUGAGUAUAAGUCUUGCCUGAGACCCAAGCGCUCCCUGCUGAAGUCCCAUAGAAAUGAAGAACUGAACGUGGAGACACUGGUGGUGGUGGACAAGAAGAUGAUGCAAAACCACGGCCAUGGAAAUGUCACCACCUAUGUCCUGACAGUGCUCAACAUGGUGUCUGCCUUGUUCAAGGAUGGAACGAUAGGAGGAAACAUCAACAUUGCAAUUGUAGGUCUCCUUCUUCUAGAAGAUGAGCAGCCAGGGCUGGUAAUAAGUCACCAUGCAGACCACACCUUAAGUAGCUUCUGCCAGUGGCAAUCUGGACUGAUGGGGAAAGAUGGAACUCGGCAUGACCACGCCAUCUUACUGACAGGUCUGGAUAUUUGUUCCUGGAAGAAUGAGCCCUGUGAUACGUUGGGAUUUGCACCCAUAAGUGGAAUGUGUAGUAAGUACCGCAGCUGUACGAUUAAUGAAGACACAGGACUUGGACUGGCCUUCACCAUUGCCCAUGAGUCUGGACACAGCUUUGGAAUGGUCCAUGACGGGGAAGGGAACACGUGCAGAAGAUCUGAAGGUAGCAUCAUGUCCCCCACAUUGGCAGGACGGAACGGGGUCUUCUCCUGGUCACCCUGCAGCCGCCAGUAUCUGCACAAAUUUUUAAGCACUGCCCAAGCUAUAUGCCUUGCGGAUCCACCGAAGCCCGUGGCAGAAUACAAGUUCCCCGAGAAGCUGCCAGGACAGUUAUAUGAUGCCAACACACAGUGCAAGUGGCAAUUUGGAGAGAAAGCCAAGCUUUGCAUGCUGGACUUUAAAAAGGACAUCUGUAAAGCCUUGUGGUGCCAUCUCAUCGGGAGGAAAUGUGAGACCAAAUUCAUGCCAGCAGCGGAGGGCACCCUGUGUGGGCAGGACAUGUGGUGCCGUGGAGGACAGUGUGUGAAGUAUGGUGAUGAAGGCCCCAAGCCCACCCAUGGCCACUGGUCAGACUGGUCCCCGUGGUCCCCUUGCUCCAGGACCUGUGGGGGAGGAGUGUCUCACAGAGACCGGCUCUGCACCAACCCCAGACCAUCGCAUGGAGGGAAGUUUUGCGAGGGCUCCAUGCGCACCCUGAAGCUGUGCAACAGUCAGAAAUGUCCCCAGGACAGUGUGGACUUCCGCGCUGCCCAGUGUGCUGAGUACAACAGCAAACGCUUUCGGGGAUGGCAUUACAAGUGGAAGCCGUACACUCAGGUGGAAGAUCAGGACUUAUGCAAACUCUACUGUAUCGCAGAAGGAUUUGAUUUCUUCUUUUCUUUGUCAAAUAAAGUGAAAGAUGGGACUCCAUGCUCGGAGGAUAGCCGUAAUGUUUGUAUAGAUGGGAUGUGUGAGAGAGUCGGCUGUGACAAUGUCCUUGGGUCCGAUGCUGCUGAGGACUCCUGUGGGGUGUGCCAGGGCAAUAACUCAGACUGCACUGUGCACAGGGGCCUCUACAGCAGACAGCACCACACCAACCAGUAUUACCACAUGGUCACCAUUCCCUCAGGAGCCCGCAGUAUUCACAUCCAUGAAACGAACAUGUCUACCUCCUACAUUUCUGUGCGUAAUACCCUCAAAAGAUAUUACCUGAAUGGACACUGGACAGUGGACUGGCCUGGGCGGUACAAGUUUUCAGGCACUGCCUUCAACUACAGACGGUCCUUUAAGGAGCCCGAGAGCUUAACUUCUCCUGGACCAACCAAUGAAACGCUGUUUGUGGAGCUUCUGUUCCAGGGAAGGAACCCAGGUGUGGCCUGGGAGUACUCACUGCCUCGGUUGGGUGCCGAGAAGAAGCCCACUGACCAGCCCAGCUACACGUGGGCCAUCGUGCGCUCCGAGUGCUCUGUCUCCUGCGGAGGAGGACAGAUGACCACAAAAGAAGUCUGCUAUAGAGACCUGAGGUUCCAAGUGAAUGUGUCCUUCUGCAAUCCCAAGACCCGACCUGUCACUGGAUUGGUGUCUUGCAAGGUGUCCACCUGUCCUCCCAGGAGAUGGACAUUUUUGCUCCUGAUCAAAUUCCAAUCCUCUUUGCUGACCACGAAGGCACAUGUCCUUCCUUUGUCCCCAUGGGGCUGCUCUGGCCUCUCCCAGCCUUUGGUGCCCUGUGGCUGGGCUCUGAUCAGCCUGGAGGCCGGAGCCCCUGCUCUGCAUAAAUACAAACACGUCCCUCCUCCCUCCGCUGCACUGCUCUGGCCAACUGGAAUGGCAGGUGCAGGCACAGCGGGUGGCUCCUGCUUCACCUUCAGCUUGAAGGACGUCUCCGAAGAAUGGGAAGUAGGACCUUCAAACAUCUUAAUCCACAGCCUUCUCAUUUGUAACUUUGAUAGUAAAGGAGACUGGUUCAGCUGCUCAGAGCCCCGGCCUCCUGGUCAGCAUCCAGAGCCUGCCGGCGCAGGGUCUGUGUUCACAGUUGAAUUACUCCCAGCCAUGGGGUCGUCAACCAGAUGGGAUCCCCCAAAGUCAUCAGUCUCUGCAGGGGGUGGGGUGUUGGGGUCCAGGGGACUCCUUGCCAGGAAGGAUGUUCUUAACAUAUCAGCAGGAGCAUCGUGGCUCAAUAAGGGUGUCAUCAAUUGCUCUGGAAUCUACAAAUGUGGCUGCACGUCCACUUCGCAUUUAGUUGAUCAUAUUAUUUUGGCCUAUGCCUUUGUGACGUCUUACAAACCCAUAAGCAGAACCAUCCCUUUUACAGCCAACAUGCAUAGUUCAGAAACCAUCUACUUGCUUGCACCCUGUGGAAAUGAGAGAUAA